AGAAGAGACCCAUCUACAGAAUGAAAUGGAAGAGAAACAGCAAGACAUGACGACUGAUGGAAAACCCACACUGACUCAGAAGACUUCAUCACGCGGAAGACCUCGGAAAUCCAAAUCUAGGUGUAAUUUCAGCAGUAAACAGUGUGGAAAGAGUUUCAGUCAAAGGCCAAAGCUUGAUGUUCACAUGAGAGUUCACACUAAUGAGAAACCUUACACCUGCGAACAGUGUGGAAAGUGUUUCUAUACUACAGGAAACUUAACAAUUCACAUGAGGAUCCACACUGGAGAGAAACCAUUCACAUGCACUCAGUGUGGGAAGAGUUUCAGCCACUCAUCACACCUUAAUCGACACAUGAGGAUCCACACUGGAGAGAAACCAUUCACAUGCACUCAGUGUGGGAAGAGUUUCAGACACUCAUCAUCCCUUAAUGAACACAUGAUGAUCCACACUGGAGAGAAACCAUUCACAUGCACGCAGUGUGGAAAGAGUUUCAGCAAAUCCUUACAACUUAACCAACACAUGACGAUCCACACUGGAAAGAAACCAUUCACAUGCACUCAGUGUGGGAAGAGUUUGACAAGCAAACGCAAACUUAGAAUUCACACGAUGAACCACACUGGAGAGAAACCAUUCACAUGCACUCAGUGUGGGAAGAGUUUCAGCCAAUCAUCAUACCUUAAUAAGCACAUGAUGAUCCACACUGGAGAGAAACCAUUCGUAUGCACUCAGUGUGGGAGGAGUUUCAACCACUCAUCACACCUUAAUAAACACAUGAGGAUUCACACUGGAGAGAAACCAUUCACAUGCACUCAGUGUGGGAAGAGUUUCAGCCAAUCAUCAUACCUUAAUCAACACAUGAGGAUUCACACUGGAGAGAAACCAUUCACAUGCACUCAGUGUGGGAAGAGUUUCAGCCAAUCAUCAUACCUUAAUCAACACAUGAGGAUUCACACUGGAGAGAAACCAUUCACAUGCACUCAGUGUGGGAAUAGUUUCAGCCAAUCAUCAUACCUUAAUAAACACAUGAGGAUCCACACAGGAGUGAGACCAUUCACAUGCACUCAGUGUGGGAAGAGUUUCAGCCAAUCAUCACACCUUAAUCAACACAUGAGGAUCCACACUGGAGAGAGACCAUUCACAUGCACUCAGUGUGGGACGAGUUUCAGCAAAUCAUCAAACCUUAAUAAACACAUGAAGAUCCAUACUGGUGUGAGAGAGUAGAUGUGCUUGGAGUGUGAGAAGACUUUUAUUACAGCUGCAGAAUUAAAACGGCACUAGAGGAUUCACACUAGAGCAAAACCAUAUCAAAACCAGUGUUCACAGUGCAGUAAGAGGUUUACUCACUCACGAACCCUUAAAACACAUGAGAGGAUUCACACUGGAGAGAAACUGUAGACAUGAUCAGUGUGUACAGAGUUUCACUCUUUGGGGGCAGCUUAAGAAACACAUGGGAUGGUUUCCAGUAUGGCGUCAACACACGUAGCAGCAUAGAAAGAGCGUUCCCAUACACGCUGGUAUUAAUCCUCCUUUUUACAUCAUAUAUGAUAACCUAAACCAUAUUUAAAUAACACGCAGGGGGACAAAAACUAAAAGGCUUGGACAAAAUAACCAUUGAAACUUGGAAAAAAAUGAGAAAUCAACAGAUGAAAAAUCCGAGACGGACGGGGUAGCUGAUAGCCUGUCAGCUUGCAUUGCAGCAAUACAUUCAGACAUCAAAGUUUUCCAAAUGGAUAUUAAAUCUGACUUAACGGCCUUCCAAGAUUAUCUUGCAAAAGAUGUGAAAAUGGAACUCAAUAACUUUAAACAAGAAGUCAAUUAAAAACUGGAUGGCCUUUUCACAGACCUAAACGCUAUAGCAGAUAAGGUCAACAAAGCGGAGCAGCGAGUUGGAGAAUUGGAGAACGUUGCUGAGAUGAAAGAAAUGCUCGAUCAAACCAUCCAAAUUCAUGAAAAUUUAAAAGAGAAACUGUGAGUUCCUCUUCAUAGGGAAACUUUUACGAGUGUCUGUAUAAACAGACUUUGGGAGUGCUUUAGACGACCAAUCAUUUCUAAAGAUUUUAAAACGGCCCAAUGAAAUGCCAAUUGAAUUGGCAGAGCUUAGCUCCACAGCUGAAACUGAUGAGCCAAUUAGGGCUAUAUCAGUCAGCUGUGCGAGUUAGCUCAUCCAAAUUGUUCCUUCAGACCCGAUCUGAGACUGAAGAACCCUUCUGCUGAGCUGACUUCCAACUUGAAGAAAGCCUUACCUUCACCAGUGUGGGAGAAGAUGUGUUAGCGGUGGUCCCCUUGGCGUUUCUCUGGUGAUCUGAAAGAGCAGUUUACUGAAAGAGCAUUAUUCCCUAUGAGAGCACACGGUCGUACAGCACGUCUUUUUAAAGAUGUCGUUUCGACCGUGCGUUUCUGGAUGCGGUGGUUUCCUCGCCCCGGAUGACAGGCACGAGUAUUGGUCACAUGCUUGGUGGUCCAACAUGUUGAUGCAGGGCUCGCGGACAGUUCUUGCCCGCAUAGCGACGGCUUGACUGUUGCACUAAUUUUUUAUUAGGGAAAGUCACCCCUGCUGCUCUUGCCUAGCCUUUAGCACUUGGGCAGGCCUGAGGGUUACAGUGGAGGCUAAUCCGUCACCUUCGGGCCCGCGGACCCCUCGCUCCUCUCCAGUGCGCUCUGUUUCUGAUUCGAGUGUGAGCGCUGGUCCAUCCUCCGAGCUGGGCGUGCUUUCAUUAGAUGUCACUGGGGGCAUGACGUCCAUCCCUGCAUCGGAGGGUGGGUUGACAUGCUCCGAGGAAGAUCCGGACCUCCUGCCACCCUUCAGGGUUGUCAGUAUGUUUACUGAUCUGGAAUUGGACAUGUUAGCCCUGAAGGACACAUAUUUUCUCGCCUCCAUUCUUCCACGCCACUGCCCCUUUCUCCGGUUCAUGUUCAAAGGACGACCAUAGCAAUACAAAGUCCUCCCCUUCGGGCUCUCUGUCUUCGUGGGUUUUCACCAAGCUCGCGGAGGGUGCCCUGGCACCACUGUGCCUUGCGAGCUUCCGCAUACUCUGCUAUCGUGACAAUAGGCUCUUUCUAGCCUCGUCUCGCGAUCAGCUGAUUAUGUACAGAGACAAAGUGCUUCGGCACCUCGACCAGUUGGUGUUUCAGGUCAACCGCCAAUGCGCUCUCAUGGCAGCUAGUGUCCCGGGGAGAGUGGAGACUCCACCCCGAUUCGGUCCAGCUGAUAUGGGCAUGCUUUGGGGAAGCCCAGUUCAAUCUGUUUGCCUCCACCGAGAGACCACAAAGCCAGCCGUUUUAUUCCCUGACCGAGGCUCCCCUCGGCACGGAUGCAUUGGCUUACAGCUGGCCAUCGGGCAUUCGCAAAUAUGCCUUUUCCCCAGUGAGCCUAAUCGCACAAACUUUGUGCAAAGUCAGGGAGGAUGAAAAGCAGGUCUUGAUUGUUGCGCCCCUCUGGCCCAACCGGCAUGCCUACGCCCUGAAGUGGAGUCUAUUCUCUGAGUGGUGCGCUUCUCGCCGAGAAGACCCUCGAACUUGCCAGAUUAGCAUUGUGUUAUCCUUCCUUCAGGAUAAGAUAGAGCACAGGCUGUCACCCUCCACGUGGCUGCGAUCUCCGCUAAUCAUAACGCGGAAGAUGGCAACACGCUCUGGAAGCAUGAUCUAACAUCCGAUUCCUCAGAGGCGGACGGCGGUUAAAUCCGUCCCGCCCCCCUCUCAUGCCCUCUCUGCCUUCUCUAGUCCUAGCGGGUCUGCAGAGAGAUCCGUUCGAGCUGCUCGAGUCAGUAUCUCUUAAAAUUCUGUCAUUAAAAACAGCUCUGGUGAUCGCAUUGGCGUCAUUCAAGAGAUUUGGAGAUCUGGAGGCAUUUUCGGUUAGCGAAUCGUGCCUUGAAUUCGGGCCCGGUUACUCUCACGUUGUCAUAAGACCCCGGCCCGACCACCCCAUUUAGAGAUCAGGUGGUGAACCUGUUUGCGCUGCCUUCGGAGGAGGCAGGCUCAACACACUCACUGCUUUGACCCGUUUGCUAUUUGCGCCUUUACGUGGAUCAAUCGCAAAAGGGGAGGUUGGAAGGUUGCGCUCUUGGUGAUGUCAGUGCGCUCACGCUUUGGCUUGGCAAACUACACAUCAGGAGCGUGAUAGACUAAUUGGCUCAUCAGUUUCAGCUGUGGAGCUAAGCUCCACCAAUUCAAUUAGCAUUUCAUUGGCCCGUUUUAAUAUCUUCAGAAAUGAUUGGUCAUCUAAAGCACUCCCAAAGUCUAUACAGACACACGUCUCCGUUCCCUAUUUAGGAAACGUGGGUUACGUACGUAACCAGGACAAUCUAGAAACCCACUCCCGUAGAAAUAAUAUUCAGAUUUUUGGAAUCCCAGAAGGAAGCAAAGUGAAUAAUAGCCAAGACUUGGUGGAAACGAUUAUCAAAACAGAGCUGUCACUCGAUGAAUUGGACCUUAAAAUUUAACAGUGUCACCGGGCACUUGGACCAAAACCACCUGCUGACGCACCCCCUUGAUCAGUGGUGUAUUCUUCCUGGUAAACAAAACAAAGGACCUUGUCCUCCACUUUGCAUGGAGAAAAAAAGUAAUACACUAGAACAAAAAAAGGAUUUUCUUUGACCAAGAAAGACGGCUUUUGCUCCGAUAAGAAAAAUUCUGAAAGAAAAGGGGAUUAAGUUCCAAACACCACCGCCGCAAAACUUAGAAUCUUUCUCGAAAACGGUCCGGUCAUGUACAAUUCGAUGACGGAGGCUUUAAGAGAUCUGAAAGAAAAAGGACUGAUAAACAGCGAAGAAGAAACUAUUAUAGGAAUCUCUUGGAAAGUGAAACAAAGACCUUGACAAAGUUUGGAGUGACAUUUGAAGAAAAGUAAGGAAAAACAUCAAGCGAAGAUCCGGGAAAAACUGCUUGAAUUUUAAAGGGACAACACUAGCUCUGUUAGAAAGAAGGGUAAAACCUGACAGAUCCUGACAAAGAACUCUGAGAGACUGGUAAAACGUCUUGACUUGAUUCACCGAUGAUGAACAUUUAAAGGAGGAAUGGUAUUUAACCCAACUGACCAAGACACAAGAUAAACGAUUAAAGCACACCAAGACUCGAGUCAUUGAGUAACAUACUGGUAGGAAGAAAUAAAGGGAUUCCAAUUUAUACACUUAAAAUCCCUUGCUAUAAUUAGAAAUAUUUAACUCGAAAACCUAACCAGAAAUACAAGAAUAUAAUAUUGCCAGAUAUAGGCGCUGAAUAUAUUUGUUAUUUUUUGUGCAAUAGGCACAGCAAGGGGCCCUUUAGAGAAGGAAAGCUUUCCCCUCACAUUAAGAAGUUAUUUAAGACUUUAAGUUUUGGAAACGUUUUUCGUUAUGUUGUUUAUGUGGUUCAAGAUGUUCAUGUUUGUGUUUUUCAUAUUCCGGUCACUGUGAUCUUCGCAAUAACAUCUGUUUAUAGUAUAUGCAAAAACAGGAAUAUAGAGUCAUUACUUUAAAUAUUAAUGGGUUAGUAAAUUCGAUUAAAAGAAGCAAACUCGUGGCUAAAAUGAAAAGAGAAAAGCAACAGAUAAUCUGCCAAGAGACAUCUUUCUGAUACAGAACAUAGGAAAUUAGAAAAAAAUGGGAUUUAAGGUUUUCUUUUCCUCAUAUAAUAAUGGUCAUAAACGAGGAGUAAUGACAUUAAUCUCAAACAAAAUCAGCUUACAAUUAAUUUCCAAGAUUACUGAUAAAGAAGGACGAUAUAACCUCAUUAAAGGAACUAUCAACCAAAACAAAGUUACAUUAGUUGAUUUAAAUAGACCACCUGAAAAAGACAAAGCAUUUCUCAAAAAAAUAGUAAGUGUUAUAGCCAAGGAGACAUCAGGUACGUUGAUCAGUGGGGGAGACUGGAAUGUACAACUUCACCCUAAAUUGGACUCAUCUUCUAAUAAGCAAAUUAGUCAAGAAACUAGACAAAUAAGAUAUCUGAUGAAAGAAUUAGGCUUAAUAGAUGUAUGGAGAGACAUAUACCCUCUUAAAAAAAGAACAUACUUUCUUUUCUUCCGCCCACAUGUCUCAUUCUAGAAAUGAUUAUUUUUUAAUGUUUGGGUCAGAUCAACAUAAAAUAAAAGACUGUACAAUAGGGACAAGGGACAUUUCAUACCCUGCAGGAGUAUAUUUAACAGUUUACCUGGACAAUAAACCCAAAAGUACAUUUUGGCGAUUUAACCCUAAUCAUUUGAAUGAUUUAAUGUGUGUAGAACAUGUUAAAAAAAGAACUAUUAGAAUAUUUUAAAACAAUAAUAAUGGAGAGUUGUCACCUAGUAUCAUAUGGGACACAGCUAAAGCUGUUAUGCAAGGUAAACUUAUAAUGUAGGGAUCAAGAGGAAAAAAAUUGAAUUACAUGAAUAAUCUGAAUAAAGAAUUAGAGACUAAAUAUGUUAAUAAAGAAGAUCCAGAUAUUUUAAUAAGAUCAAAGAAGUUAAAGCUAAACUCAAUAAAAUAUUCGAUGAGCAAGUUCAAUUAAAACUUACAUUUUUAAAUUUUAUGAAAAUGGUCCAAAAGCUCCUGGCAUGAAGAAUAAGGAAACAGGCAGAGAGGAUUAUAUUUAAAAUCAAAGAUCCCAAAACUAAAAAGAUAUGUCAUAAAUUGGAGGAAGAAAUUAGUAAGGAAUUAUAUACCUCAAAAGAUAAUAUUGAACUUGCAAACAUACAAGCAUUUUUACACACAUUAGAUUUACCAUCAAUUGGAUCAAUACAAAAUAAAACCCUAAUUUAAAAAAAAUAACCAUAGAAGAAAUAAGCAAUGCUAUAUCAAAACUUAAAACAUCUAAAGUACCAGGCAUAUAUGGCUUCCCUGCAAAAUAGUAUAAAAUAUUUAAAGAACAGUUGAUGUCAUACCUUACGUGAGGGUGAACCCACCUAGAUCCUGGAGAGAAGCUAUCAUAUCUGUGAUUCCAGAAGGAAAAUAUCCACUAUAGUGUAAUUCAUAUAGACAUAUUUCAGUCCUGAAUAUGGACUAUAGACUCUAUGCAUCUAUAUCAGCUAAACAAUUAGAGGACAUUUUUCCAGACCUAUUAGAUACUGAUCAAACAGGUUUUUUAAAACAAAGACAAGUUUAUGAUAAUAUAUGGCGAGCCCUUCACGGAUCCAACAGCUAGAAUUAAAAUGAACAGAGAUAUUUCAGAACAUAUUAUAUUAGAAAAAGGAUAUUGACAAGGAUGACCAUUAAGUCCUUCUUUAUUUAUUGAACCAUUGGCACAACUAAUCAGAGAUGAUACAGAAAUAAGGGGAGUGAAAAUUAAGAAAGAUAUUGAACAUAAAAUUUGUUUAUACGCUGAUGAUGUGUUUCUGUUUCUUACAUACCCAGACUUUAGUUUACCCAAGGUGAUGUAUUCUCUUGAAAAAUUUUAUAAUUAUAUUCAGGAUAUAGAUUAAUUAGAUGAUUAUUAUUAUAAGGCAGCACAGCUUAGACACAGAGUUUGUUGGUGCAAUGACAAAUACUGUGCAAAGUGGAAAGAAUUUGAACAAUUACAAAUCCACUGACCUCUCCAAGUAUUAUUAGGAGAUAGAAAUUUCCAACAUACAGAAUUGCAUAAAUUGAAUUCCCUGACAAAGACACCUUUGAAAAUUUGGUACAAACAAUUAAAGCUAACAUAUUAAGACAAGCUAAGAUAUUAAGAUGGGUUGAACAUGAUAUUUAAUUUAAACCAGCAAAACUAGAUCUAAGAUUUAAACAAUGGAGUUUGCAAGGCAUAACAUCCUUCUGUCUCAUCACUACUGAAUUAGAAAGUUUUUAACAAAUUUCCAAUAUAUAUAUAACUUAUAUAAACAAAACUUUCCAUUACCUUCAAGUUAGAGACUACUUCAAUAAAAACAUAAGAGAUUCAGUAGACAUAAAAACAACAGUAGUGCAGGUAUUUAUAGAUGCUUACAAAAAGAAGGUUAAUUAAGAAACUAGUAUCAAGAAAUUAUUCCUGUCUGACAUUAACAAAGAAACACUUAACAAUGUAUAUCAAACAGAAAUGUGAAAGGGAAGCCAAUAUAAUAACAAAUAAGGAAUGGUUACCCAUUUGGGAAACACAGACAAUCACAAUUUAGAUUCAUGGAGGGAAUUUAUUUGGAAAAAUGUAAUCAGGUUCUUUAUAACACCUGAAAUAAAAUACUUUCAAACUAGAGAUUAAAAAAAUGGUGAAUGCUGGAGAAAAUGUGGAAAUGUUUCGGCAGAUCAUGUCCACAUAUUUUGACACAGUAAUAUUAUACACACCUAUUGGCAAGAUUUAAAUAAAGAGAUAAAUACAAUAAAGGGAUUGAAUCUGGAAUGUAAUUUUAAAACUAUGUACCUGGGAAUUUACUCAAAAAUACCAAAAACGAUGUGUAUCUUCUUAACACACUACUAACAACUAGCAAAAAGGCCAUUACAAAGAAAUGGCUCAAGGAAGAUCCUGCAUCUGUAGGCGAAUGGUAUGAUAUUGUUAAAGAGGUGUAUGACAUAGAAGUACUGACAUUUACUUUGAGACAACAAGCCUAUAACAUUUCUGCAUACUGAGGUAAAUGGUUGAGAAGAAAAGUAUUGUUUUUAUUUCAUUGUGGUGCUUUUAUUUUAUAUAUGUUUGGAGCCUGUUGAUCUUUGACAUGUAACCCUAAACAAAAUGUUAUAUUUUAUCAACAAUAAAUACAAAUGUAAAUACGAUUGUAUUCUGUGACCUUUGACACUUGUUAGUCUUUUUUGUUUCUAAGUUCCUUUGAAAAUGUCUGUUUGCUUGAUUUUUUUAUUGCUGUUUUGUUUUAAACUGUUUUUAAAAAGGAAAAAAGGUCAGUAUCAUCAUCAUCCUGACGCAAGCACACAGCGUUCAGCAUGUAGUUUUGCUGCUGUUAGAUCAAAAUCUGUCUUUAUAAAUUAUGUCUGACAUUUUACAAUGAAGUCUGUCCAAAAUAGAUUGACUUUUUUCUCUUUUGCUUAAAUAAAUUAUUAUUGUAUUUGA